CUUAGAAUUGUUAAAGAUUGCAACUUUAUUCCAAGGAAGUACAUUUGCAUUCUGGAGAAGAAAAAAAUGGGGUUGUUGACAAACAGAGUAGAGAGAAAUGAGAUCAAAGCAGGAGACCAUAUCUAUACUUAUAGAGCUGUUUUUGCUUACUCUCACCAUGGUAUUUUCGUUGGCGGAAGCAAAGUGGUUCAUUUUACACAGGUCGAGGACUCUUCUGAUGCUGCUGAUGAAAUAUCAGGCCUUUCUUCGUCCUGCCCAAUCUUUCCUGAUUGUGGAUUUAGGCUUCCUAAAAGUGGUGUUGUUCUUUCUUGUCUGGAUUGCUUUCUCCGCAAUGGUUCACUCUACAGCUUUGAAUAUGGAGUAAGCCCCUCCAUUUUCCUUUCCAAAGUGCGAGGGGGAACUUGCACUACUGCUUUGUCAGACCCUCCAGAUAUGGUUAUCCACCGAUCAAUGCAUCUUCUUCAGAAUGGAUUUGGGAACUAUGAUGUGUUCCAAAACAACUGUGAGGACUUCGCUUUGUAUUGCAAAACAGGUCUUCUGACACUUGAUAGAUUGGGAGUUGGACGAAGUGGACAAGCUUCUUCUGUCGUUGGUGCUCCUUUAGCUGCGCUUCUUUCCUCCCCCUUGAAGUUGCUGAUUCCUAGUCCUGUUGGCGUGGCCACCGUUACAGCAGGAAUGUACUGUAUGAGCAGAUACGCUACUGACAUUGGUGUUCGAAGUGAUGUCAUAAAAGUUGCAGUCGAAGACUUGGCUGUAAACCUUGGCUGGGGAAGCAGCAACGAAGGAGCCAUUGUGGAACAUGAAGGUUCUAAUCACCUACUUGACAGGUGACAUCAUUCUCACUGUAUUGCGUAGGAAAUGCUAUUGAUGUUAGAUGUUUGUGAUAAUUAGUCUAGUUGACUUCUUGUCAUAACCAUUCUGGUCCAGGAACUGCCAUUUGGCUAUCCAUGUGUGGCACCAUAUCCGAUGUACAUUAAUAAUAUAAGUUAUUGGUAUUGGUUUGUUAUCCUGUGUACAAA